AUGAGGAAUAGUUUUAAUUCCUUUCCUUUUCUCUCUAAAUAUAUAACAACAUCAGCAGUUACGUUCUCAGACUGUGUAAUUUACAAAAGUAAGAGGCUAGAGUUCUUAAGAGGUUUAGUGAAAUCAUUAUUGGUUAAAAUAUUGUUAACGAGACUAUCGAGUACAACUACCGUUGGUGUUGCUAUUCGCACCGUUUCCGUUGGUCAGCUAGAUUAGGCAAACUGGAA